AUGGACAAGUUAACCAGUCAGUUCAAUGUGACAUAUAUAACUUUGGUUGGGCAUGUGGAAUUACUGAAAUACAGACAUUUGUAUUUUGUGAUCAUGUUUAUUGUAUAUACUCUGAUAUUGUUGUGUAAUUUCACCAUCAUAUGCCUUAUCAUGACUCACCGAAGCCUCCGUGAGCCGAUGUACAUUUUCAUUGCAGCUUUGUUGUUGAACUCUGUUCUUUUCAGCACUGUGGUCUACCCAAAGCUUUUAAUCGACUUUUUAUCAGACAAGCAGGUCAUAUCCUUUUCACUAUGUGCUCUUCAGAGUUUAUUUUUUUACUCCCUGGAAGGUUCUGAGUUCUUACUGUUGGCAGUCAUGGCAUUUGACAGGAUCGUCAUCGUGUUGUACAAAAGCUGCAAGGAGGUCCGGAUGAAGGCAGUUCAAACAUGCCUGCCCCACCUGCUUGUUCUGAUCAGCUUCUCAUGUCUGUGUUCAUAUGAUAUCAUUAUAGCUCGUCUCAAAGCUGGCUUACCCACAACUGUUCAUUUUGUCAUGACUUUGCAAGUAAUUCUGUACCACCCGCUCUUCAAUCCAGUCAUAUACGGACUGAAAAUGAAGGAAAUUUCAAAACACCUCAUGAAGCUGUUCUGUAGAAGAACAGUUAACAAAUAG